AUGAAUAAUAUCGCAAAUAGCACGUCGCCCGUGCUAAAUAGCAUGGAGAAUAGGAGCGAAGUAGAACAAUAUAAUGAAAAUGAAGAAUUAUUUCGAGUGGAGGAGACUGAAGAAAAUACAAACCUAUAUACAAAAAAAAGAUAUCGAGAUGAGGAUGACACGGAAAUGUGGACUUUAGUGUCUAGAAAUAGCAAAAGAAAGUAUCGUAGAAAUUUAUCAGAAAAAAGUUUAGAAGAAAUAGAUGAUAAAAUAGAAGUCUGUAUUACAAGUAAAGAAAAAAUUCCUAAGCAGAUAGAAUUGGCGAGGUUUUUGAAAGAACACAAUAUAUUAAAUAUAAUAAGAGUUAAAUAUGCAACACCUUAUAAAAUUUUUGUUUUAUUUGAAGAAGAAAGCGAUGCAGAAAAAAUGAUUACUUCUACAGCGUUGCAGGAAAAAGGCUGGAAAUGCUACAAAACAAGUGAAGUCGGAUUUUCCUAUGGCAUUAUCAGAGAUAUUGAGUUAGAUCUGUCUAAAAAGGAUGUACAAUUGAGCAUUUCGUCGGAUUUAGAGAUAAUAUCAGUUAAAAGAUUAUUUCGUAGAAAUGAUGAAAUCCCUGGUUGGACUGAAAGUGAAACGAUUCGCCUUUGUUUUAAAGGUUCCUCCUUACCACCACAUAUUUUCAUAUAUGGCUUAAAGUGGAAUGCACAAAGUUUUAAACCUAAAUUAAGUGACUUUGAGCUACUAUUAAAUCGGGAUAAAAUUCACAUUGCAGUGAUUAGUGAAACGUGGUUGAAUGAGAGAGAUGAUAUAAGAAUCUCUGGUUAUAACAUUUAUCGCUAUGAUAGAUCUGAUGGAUAUGGAGGUGUCGCUAUUAUUUCUCAUAAUUCUGUUAGAACGGAGGUUUGCCAACUUAAUAUAGGUAAUUCAGAUAUUGAACUUUUACGUGUCAAAAUUCAUAAUUGUAAUAAUCUUGAAAGUAUUUAUGCUUUAUAUUGCCCUCCAUCCGCACGAACCUCGCAAAGUAAUUGGGAUGAAAUUUUUUCAAUAAUCACGCAAAGAUCUAUAAUAUUAGGUGAUUUUAAUGGCCAUCAUCAUAGCUGGUCAAAUAGAACAGAUAGAAGAGGAAUUCAGAUUUUUGAUUCACUUGUAGAUAGCCGCUACGUAAUCCUCAAUAAUAGUAGUUUACCAACCCGUAUUAAAUUUGUAAAUAAUAAUUUGCAAAAAUCCUCUCCGGAUUUAUCCUUAGUAUCAUCGGACAUUGCCUUAAAUUGUGAAUGGUUUGUAACAAACGAGUCCCUAGGAAGUGAUCAUCUAAUAAUUAAGUUAACUCUAAAUUACAGCGUACCUCCUAAUCACUUUGUAAAAAAGCGGAACUUUAAAUUAGGUAAGUGGGAGCCAUAUCGUUCCGAAAUCAAUUCGUCACUGAAUGAUCUCGGUUUUCCCGUAAACGCGCAAUUGGGGUACGAUAUGUUGCUUGAUUGUAUGAACCGUGCAGCAGACAAGUAUAUCCCUUUUAUUAAAUUUAUCCUAAACCCUAGUAAUGUCUUUAAACCUAAACCAUUUUGGAAUAUGAUUGUUUCGAAGUCUAUAGCUGAACGACGUCUAGCACUUGUUGUAUUUAGAGAUAACCCAACGCCAAAUAACCUUGAUAUUUUACAAAAUAAAGUAGGUGAAGCUCAAAGAAUAUUACGUCAGUCGAAAUCAAAAUCAUGGCAAAAUUUUUGUAAUGGUUUAUGUGAAGUGUCUUCAAUAAACGAAAUGUGGUUUCGAAUGAAAUGGAUAAAAGGGAGAUAUUCUAAAAAAUCUUUUAUUAGUAGUGAUAGUGCAAGGGACCUCCUUCAAAGUCUUGCCCCUGAUUUUGUUGUUAAUAAUUGUCCUACAUUUAGAUCGAGUAACUACUAUUUAGAAACAUCAAUUUCUAGAAAGGAAUUAGAAGUUUCUAUCAAAUCAAAAGAUACGGCUCCGGGAGUAGAUAUGAAUUCAUUUUCAAUGAUCAAAAACUUACCUGAAAGUGGUAAAAAAAGAUUGGCUUUUGAAUCUUUU